GAAUUUAUAGAAUUUUUUAAAAUUAGAAAUAUAUAUAUAUAUAUAUAUAUUUGCCCUUUUUAUGCUCCAUUGGGUGGCACAACAAGACCCUUGUGCCCCUUUCCAGUGGUCAGUUGACCCCUUGAUCUUUUGGCCCAUUUGAUCAGGAGGGAAACUAGAUAGUGUUGAGCCAUGGUGAUGUUCAAGAAGCUGAAGGUGUUCCAGGUGUCCUUCUCGGAGCCAGAGGAGAAGGUCUAUGGGAGCGGAGAGAAGGUCUGUGGCCGGGUGGAGGUCCAGGUGUCGGAGGUCACGCGGGUCACGGCCUUGCGCCUCCUGGCCUGUGGGGUGGCCAAGGUCUGCUGGACCGCCGGCCCACAGCAGCGCAAGCAGUGCAUGGAAUACCUGCGCUACGAAGAGGAGCUUCACCUGGAAGACCAGCCUCAAGAUGCGGAUGGUUCUGUGAUUCUGAGGCCCGGAAAUGUCUACGAAUACAAGUUCUCCUUCCAGCUGCCCCAAGGGCCCCUCGGGACCACCUUCAAGGGCAAGUACGGCUCCGUGGACUACUGGGUCAAGGCCUUCCUGGACCGGCCUUCUUUCCCUACUGAGAAGGUCAAGAAGGAGUUCAAGGUCAUGGACGAGAUUGACGUCAACACGCCUGACCUCAUGUGCCCCAUCUCUGCCAAGAAGGAGAAGAAGGUGUCCUGCAUGUUCAUCCCCGACGGCCACGUCUCGGUCAGCGCCAGAAUUGACCGCAAAGGCUUCUGUGAUGGCGACGAGAUCUGCAUCAACGCCGACUUUGAGAACACGUGUUCGCGCAUCGUGGUGCCCAAGGCGGCCAUCCUGGCCAAGCACACCUACCUGGCCGGCGGUCAGACCAAGGUCUUCUGCCAGAAGCUCUCCUGCGUGCGCGGGAACCACAUUGUCUCCGGGAUGAGCGAGUCCUGGCGCGGGAAGAGCAUCCGCGUCAAGAAGAUCAAGCCCUCCAUCCUCGGAUGCCACAUCCUCCGCGUGGAGUACUUCCUCCAGAUCUACGCCAGCGUGCCUGGGUCCAAGAAGGUGCUUCUGGAGCUUCCGCUGGUCAUUGGGAGCAAGUCGUCCGGGAUCGGGAGCCGCAGCUCCAGCAUGGCCAGCAGCCAGGCCAGCUCCGAGAUGAGCUGGGUCGACCUCAACCUCCCCGACGCGCCCGAAGCCCCUCCGUGCUACCUGGACAUUGUUCCCGAGGACCACCGGCUGGAGAGCCCCACGGCCCCGCUGCUGGACGACCUGGACGGCUCCUCCUUCGACAGCCCGCUCUUCAUGUACGCCCCACAGUUCCAGUUCAUGCCCCCGCCCACGUACACAGAGGUGGAUCCCUGUACCAUCAACAACAACAACAACAUCAAGGUCCAAUGAGAUUCAGAAAGAAGCCACAAUGCGUUAUCUUUGUUUUUCUUCCUUUCUGAUGGACUUUUAUUCCAAAGAGUUGCAUCUGUUCGUUGCAACAAAGAAGAAGAAGAAGAGACUCCAAUUAGGCCUUUCCUCCUGCAUUUUAGGAUCCUUUUUGGGAGCUUCCUUUCUUCUCCCUAGAAAAGGCGCUUGGGAGCCAGAAGUGUGGGUUGGCGAUGAUGCAAAGGACAGCAGCGGAAAAAGGAGAAAGAAACAACUACUGAAAAAUCUCAAAUGGAAUGGUUGCAAUUUGAGAUCGGAGAUGGAAAAUGGAUGUUUUUGGUGUGAAACUGUGGCUUUUUGUACGUUGUUUAUGGCUCCUGUGAAUAGAGGUGACUCUUAGGCCUUUUAAGGCCUAAAAGUCUUGAGUUAAGGUGGAUUUAAGGUGGAAUUUUGCAAGAAAGAGUUGCAUUGAGAUCAGUUACUGUUAUUUAACACUGAAUAGAGACAAUUCUUGGGCAUUUUAAGGCCUUAAAGUCUUGAUUUAAGGUGGAUUUUUGCAAGAAAGUGUUGCAUUGAGAUCAGUUAUUGUUAUCAAUACCUAAUAGUAACAAUUCUUAGGCUUUUUAAAGCCUCAAAGUCUCAAUUUAAGGUGGAUUUCUGCAAGAAAGUGUUGCAUUGAGAUCUGUUAUUGUUAUCAAUACCUAAUAGUAACAAUUCUUAGGCUUUUUAAAGCCUCAAAGUCUCAAUUUAAGGUGGAUUUCUGCAAGAAAGUGUUGCAUUGAGAUCUGUUAUUGUUAUCAAUACCUAAUAGUAACAAUUCUUAGGCUUUUUAAAGCCUCAACGUCUCAAUUUAAGGUGGAUUUCUGCAAGAAAGUGUUGCAUUGAGAUCUGUUAUUGUUAUCAAUACCUAAUAGUAACAAUUCUUUGGCUUUUUAAAGCCUCAAAGUCUCAAUUUAAGGUGGAUUUCUGCAAGAACGUGUUGCAUUGAGAUCAGUUAUUGUUAUUAAUACCUAAUAGCAACUAUUCUUAGGCUUUUUAAAGCCUCAAAGUCUCGAUUUAAGGUGGAUUUCUGCAAGAAAGUGUUGCAUUGAGAUCAGUUAUUGUUAUCAAUACCUAAUAGUAACAAUUCUUAGGCUUUUUAAAAGCCUCAAAGUCUCAAUUUAAGGUGGAUUUCUGCAAGAAAGAGUUGCAUUGAAGUCACUGUUCGUUAUUAUUAUUGUUAGAACAGCAAUAAACACUCCUCCGUUCGAGGCAAUAAGCAAAUUAAUCUAGAUUUUUUUUUGCUUUUCUUUUGCCAUUUAAAAGCAAACAAGCAUUGUUAUUUACUUGAUUUUUAAUACUUGUUGUUUAUGGUUUUUUUUGCUUUUUUGGUGUGUGGAUAAACCAGGAAAAGAUUGGGAAUAUUUAGAGAUAUGUUCCCAUUAAAUAUAUGUAUAUGUAUGUAUCUCAGGCAUUUUUCACGGCAUCUUUGAAAUACCUUUAAGACCAAAUAUAUAUUGUUUGCAAACACAAAAACCGGUGCCAAAAUGACUUUGCCUUUUUUCUAUCCAAAGCCUUAAAAAGCCUCUCGAUUUUUCUAUCUAGUAACUUGGUUUAUCCCCAACUGAGAUAAAAAAUGCACUUUUUAUUAUUGUAUUCUUUCUGAUAGCACUGCAUUAUUAUUAUUGUUGUUUUGUUGUUAUUAUUCAAAGUGUUAAUGAAGCCCAGGUUUCAAUGUAAUGCAAGAGAGACACUGAUCUUCUGUUUGUUUUCUACUCUUUUGUGAUGUUUUCAUUUUUUUUUGUAUUGGUUUGAAAAAAGUUAAUUAUAUUUUGUACUGUUUUAAAACAAGCCUCCUUUAUUGGGGUGACAUUUCUUAAUAAUAAAAGUUUCCAAAACUUUUAAAAAAAAA